UCGACGUGAGAGAAGUACGGACUACGGACACGAUUGGAGUUUAUUUCGGCUAAGUUCAAUUUGUGCAUCGAUUACGUUUCACAUGAUAGAAUUGACUAAAUAUCCUAAAAUAAAACACAUCCUUACAGGCAUUGUGACUUAAUAAAGCAUUUAUAAAUCAUGGGUAAAGCCAAAAAGGGGAAGAAGAGUCAGUCAGUGGAAGACGGUGACAGUGAUGUGGAAACCACAUCCAUUGAAAACCUGAAGCCGGCUCAAAAUAAAGGACCGAAACAAGUUGAUGACUCAGGUGAAAGUGAAGAUGAAAAACCUAAAGCUAAGUCUAAACAGAAGAAAUCAUUUGACACAGAAGUAAAGGAGGUCACAAAGAAUGUAAAGAAUGUGUCAAUUUCUAAUAAGUCACAAAAGAAAAAAGUGGAAGAUAGUAGUGAAGAUGAUUCAGAUGAAGAAGAAAAGCCUAAAAAAAGUAAAAAUAAGAAAGAAGAAAAAAGUGCAUUUUCUCUUUUAGAAGUAGAAGAUUCUGGCGGAUCUGCACCUGAAGCUCCUCCGUCUUCUGAUGAUGAAAAACCUGUGCAAAAGCCACAAAAAAAAGCUGCACAAGAAAAGAAAGAACCAUCGGGGAAAAAAGGAAAGAAAGCAAAAAGGAGGAAAGAUGAUAGUGACGAGGACAUUGAAAAGGUUCUGGCUGAACUUGAAAUGGAAUAUACUGGUGUUAAAAAGGAAGUAACUCCUGCACCUGAAGUAGAAAAACCAGCCGACGUUGUUGAAGAAAAACCUACCAAGACUAAGAAAAAAGGUAAAAAAGAAGAGCCGAAAUUAGAAGAAAAUGAAAAAGAGCCAGAUGAUAAAGAAAGUGACAAUGAAAAUGAUAUAACAAUAAAAACUGCAGCACAAAAAAAGAAAGAAAAGAAAGAGCGAGAGAAGCAGAAAAAGUUAGAGGCAAAAAAAAAGGAACAAGAUGGUAAAAAAGAACCAGCGGAGGCUAAAAAAGCACCACUACCCAAACCGGAAGAAAAAGUGCCGGAACCUGCUGAAGAAGUAAAAGAUGAACUGAAAGCUCCAUCAGAAGAAAAGGACGGAGAAGGUGACACACCAGCAGCAGAAGGGAAGAAAAAGAAAAAGGGUGAUAAAGGCGAUAAAGACGACAAAGGUAAAAAAGGCCCUACGAAAAAAACUCUUGCGGCUAUGCAAGAGGCUUUAAAGAAGGUCAAAGAAGAGGAAGAACGUAUGCAAAAAGAAGAAGAAGAAAGGAUAAAACAGGAGGAGGAGCGAGAGAAUCAAAGACUUGAAGCCAUUCGAUUAGAAAAAGAGCGAAAGGAAAGGAAGAAACAAAAGGAAAAGGAGAGAAAAGAAAGACUUAAGGCUGAAGGUAAACUGCUAACUCCCAAACAGAGGGCAGAAAAGGCGCGGGCUCAAGCUAUGCUUGAAUCUCUAAAGGCACAAGGUAUCGAAAUUGGAUCUGCUGAGAAAAAACCCCCGCGACUUGGUACAAGAAUUAAGCCAAUGAAAUUAAAAACACAAAUGUCACAAGAAGCUCUUGUGACUCCAGUAGAAGAAAAGAAGAUUGAAUUUGAAGUAACCGAUAAGAAGGAGGAAUCGCCGAAAGAAGAUUCACCUAAGAAAGAAUCUGAUACUGAUUUAGUCAAAGAUUCAUGGGAUGCUGAAUCAUCUGAAGAAGAGGAACCUGAAAAACCAGAACCAUCUCCACCAACGAAAGCUGAAGGGAAACAAUCUCAAUCAGCUAAAGAAAAAGCAAAUGAGAAGGAAGAAGAAGAAAGUUCAGAUGAAGAAGACGACAGUUCAGAGGAAGAAUCUAGUUCUGAAGAAGAUUCAGAUGACGAUCAAAUGACAGAUGCUCAAAAGAAGAGGGAAUUGGUUCUGAGGAGAUUGGAGAAACGCCGGGAGGAGAAUGAAAAGAACAAAGUCAACAACCCAUUACGUGCAGCUGUGGUUUGCGUGCUUGGACACGUAGACACGGGCAAGACCAAGAUCCUGGACAAGUUACGCAGAACGAAUGUGCAGGAUGGCGAAGCGGGUGGUAUUACGCAGCAGAUCGGAGCCACAAACGUACCUAUCGAGAAUAUAAAGGAGCAAACAAAACAUGUCAAAGGGGUGAAUGAAAUAUCUUUCAAGUUACCAGGUCUACUCAUCAUUGACACACCUGGCCACGAAUCUUUCAGCAAUCUCAGGAACAGAGGCUCUUCAUUGUGUGAUAUUGCCAUUCUGGUUGUUGAUAUAAUGCACGGGCUGGAACCGCAGACGAUCGAGUCUAUAAACUUAUUGAAACAGAAGAAAACGCCAUUUAUUGUGGCCUUGAACAAAAUCGACCGUCUCUACGACUGGCAAAGUGCUCAGAGGAAGGACCUACGAGAUAUACUGAAGUUGCAGCAACCCAAUACUCAAUUGGAAUUCGAGAAGAGAACCAAAGAUGUGAUAAUCCAGUUUGCGGAACAGGGUUUGAAUGCAGCUCUAUUCUUUUCGAAUCCAGACCCGCGCACUUAUGUGUCCCUGGUACCAACGUCAGCUGUGACAGGCGAGGGUAUGGGCAACUUGUUGGCCAUGAUCGUCCAAGCGUGCGAAGGGCCACUACAUAAGCGACUUGUGUUCUCACAUCACCUGCAGGCAACUGUGCUUGAGGUAAAAGCAAUCCCCGGUCUUGGCACGACGAUCGACACAAUCCUGAUCAACGGUACUCUCCACGAAGGCGACACUGUAGUACUCGCGGGAACCGAUGGGCCUAUCGUCACGCAGAUACGUUCUCUCCUCAUGCCGCAACCAAUGAAGGAGCUGAGAGUUAAGAAUGCGUACAUAGAACACAAGGAAGUAGUGGCUGCUCAAGGAGUGAAGAUAGCUGCCAAAGAGUUGGAGAAAGCAAUCGCUGGACUCAAUUUGCUUGUGGCUCAGAAACCGGACGAAGUUGAUGUUUUGAAAGAGGAGGUGGCUAGAGAGCUGAAGUCUGCUCUAUCGUCUAUCAAACUGUCAGAACGCGGUGUGUACGUGCAAGCAUCUACCCUCGGUUCGCUUGAAGCCUUGCUCGAGUUUCUUAGGACUAGCAAAAUUCCUUACUCCGCUAUCAGGAUAGGACCGGUGGUGAAACGUGACGUCAUGAAGGCAUCCGCCAUGUUGGAACACGACUCUCAGUACGCCACCAUUUUGGCUUUUGAUGUGAAGAUUGAACGCGACGCACAAGAAAUGGCUGAUAACCUGGGCGUGAAGAUAUUCGCGGCGGACAUUAUAUACCACUUGUUCGACAAGUUCACGGCUUAUCGUGAGGAGUUGAAACAGAAGAAACGCGAGGAGUUCAAGCACAUUGCCGUGUUCCCUUGCAAGCUCAAGAUUAUGCCGCAAUUCGUAUUUAACUCCCGAGACCCAAUCGUCGCUGGUGUGAUGGUAGAAGCCGGCGUUGUCAAAGAAGGGACGCCUAUUUGCGUACCAAGUAAAGAGUUCGUGGAGCUCGGCAUAGUGACUUCCAUCGAAGUGAACCAUAAGCAAGUGGAAACUGCACGGAAGGGGCAGGAGGUCUGCAUCAAGAUCGAGCCCAUUCCCGGGGAGUCGCCCAAGAUGUUCGGCCGGCACUUCGACGAGACCGAUUUCCUAGUCAGCAAGAUAUCGCGCGCAAGUAUCGACGCCUGCAAGGAUUACUUCAGGGACGAUCUUAUCAAAACCGAUUGGCAACUUAUGGUGGAACUUAAGAAGCUCUUCCAGAUCCUCUAAUGGCCGCCGUGUUUUAAUUAGACAAUAUUAUAACGUCGGAAUUUAGUAAAGUGUUGUAUAUGUAACGCUCUGUUACAUGUGAUUUUUUACUUGCUUUUUUUUAUAAAGCUCUCAUUCUAAAAGCAAUUUCUGUGGUGCGAUGAUUUUUAUCAAAUAACAUCCACUGGCCUGACAGCCAGGCGUUGUCUGUUCCAUCUAAUUCAUCCGCGUGUAAUUGUGUCAUCGAUAUAAAAUAAUGCGUAAGGUGUCCGAAAAAUGUUAGUAUGGUUGGUUUUUUUUUUUUGGAUUUUUAAAGGUUUUUGGUCGAAGUCAAGUUUAGUCUCUUUAUUGUAAGAACGUAAUAAUUGCUACAUAAAAAGCACAUUUCUUGCGUGUUUUUGUAGAAAAACCUGCGAUUGGUCCAUAUUUUUUUCCAGCUAAGGCGAAAUAGACUAUGUUUAUUUGAUUGCUAUAGAGAUAUAUCUAUAUUUGUCUUCAGUGUUAACGACAGAUUUAAUACGCGACACGAGAGCCGAACACACUCCAACUAAAACUUUAUGAAAGAAGUGCAUUGCAGUUGUGGUCACAGAACUUUGAAAGAUUUGACUCAACACGCAUCGUGUGGCUUCGGUCCUAUAUAACUACGUUGCCAGUGAUGCUGCAAUCUAACAUGGUACGCGCAAAUAAUGAAGAUUAGGGCAUCUCUUACAAGAAGAAGAAUCGUCGACAAGUGAAUCAUGGUUUCCAUUAAAGCGGCCGUGAUUUUUGUUAUAAUCUGUACUAGAGCCCCCGUGAAAUGUAUUAUAAUCUCUAAACCUUUACAAGUUACGAAACUUUCAAUAACAGCGGACACUUUUCGCUUACCUUAUUUUUAUAU